AUGGACAAACCCCUGACGGCAUCUCAAUUACAAGUGGUUGAAGCACUUUAUGAGCCAGGUAGUACACUGAAGGUUAUUGCUGGUCCUGGAUCGGGGAAGACCCUGGCUUUAUUGCAUAGAAUUCGUCGUCUUAUAACCACCAAGCAAGUAAGACCUGAUGAAAUACUGGUUUUAUCUCUGACCAAUAAAGCUGUGGAUAAUAUUUUGACCAAACUGUUGGAAUUAUUCCAUAGUGUAAAGUGUGAAGAACAUACAAAUGAACACUUAACAACUAUUGUUAAUCAGAUCAACGUUAGCACAAUCCAUGGUUUAGCUAGCAGAAUUGUAACUGAAAAUGAGGGAACAAUUAGUGUAAUAGAAGAAAAUGGUUGGCGUGGAUUGAUGAGACUUGUCUCGAAAGACAUGAAAACACUACAGAAGUCCAAUGCAUGCAGUAUUCGAGAACUGCAAAGAUUGUUUAAAAGCUAUCAAGAAGGUGACAGCAAGAAUAGAAAUGUCAUGGCAAAGAUCGCUGAUCUAAUGAAGAGCUGUAAGGUGCUGACAAAUGAAGAAUUAAUAAAACGAGCUGCUUUUUAUCUGGAUAAUCCAACGGAACAGUGCAUUAAACUGUCGAAGAAAGAAGCUGUUUUAACAGCAGAUAUAAAAUCUAAAUUUAAAAUUGUUUUCAUUGAUGAGUUUCAAGAUAUAUACCCACACUUAGGGGCCUUUUUAGGCAGAAUAUGCGGUCAGAAACAGCUUGCAUUGUUUGGUGAUCCCAAUCAAAAUAUAUAUGAGUUUUUGGGAAGUAAUAAAAAGGUAAUAAAACAACUAGAAUCCAUUAAUACGAAUCUCAAAACUAUGUUCCUUCAUGAUAACUUCAGAAGCACACCAGAGAUCAUGGCCGCUGCUAAUGAUAUAAUACACCAUUCUGACUCUUAUAGCAAUUAUGAUCCCGUUCUCAAGGGCCCUUGUGGAAUUUCUCCACAGAUUAUUCGUAUUCCUGAUCCCAUUGACGAGUUGGAAUUUAUUGUGGAGCAAAUAUCUCAACUGGUGUGUUCAUCUGUCAAACUGUCCGACAUCGCAAUCUUAACAAGAACAAAUGCCCAUUCAGAGUCCAUUGCACAAUACUUUCGAGCGUAUAACAUAAAGUUUCAAAAAUUGACUUCUCACCCCGAUUGGCUUUCAGAUGUUAGGAUUCAAUUUUUGAUCGAUCUUCUUAGACUUGCUACAAUAGCCCAUUACGAAGUCAAUGCUGGCAAAGAAGAGCUAGAGAAAAAGUUGAAAAGUGACUUUAGUGUCGUUGUAACACUGAGCGCUAUGAGAGGUGUUAGCGAUCAGUCUAUCCAGCGUCUCUAUUUGGAUUGCAGGCAGAAAUCAAUGCCUUUUUGGAUGUACCUUACACAUGUACCAGCUUCUAGAUGGCCUGUUAAUGCCGCCUGUAGGCAAAAAAUUGAAAGUUUCAAAGUGAAUUUGAGUAAAUUAAUUGCUGGUGGUGCUCUCUUUGAUAUGAAUGAUCAUUCGCAGCUAUUUAAGCAUAUUUGUUGUACCGCUAAUGCCUUCGAUUCUCAGGUCAUGCAGUUUAAAAAUAAACAAGAAUUGGAUACUUUUAAGUCGCAUCUGGAACAGAUGCUACUAGUGAUGAAAUACUGCGCAUGUAAUAAAGGCAGUGAUUCAUCCUUGGUGGAGGUUUUUCUUGAAUCAUAUUACGAUAAAAGUGGUUCAAACUACCCUGUAGAUUUUAAAAUGAGUAAACAGGACGAAAUAAAUAUAUCCACCAUUCAUUCUUCAAAAGGGUUGGAGUUUCCUGUAGUCUUUUUGAUGGGCACACCGCACACAGUGCUCCCUAUAGAAAGUAAAGCUCUUUAUGUUGGUAUGACAAGGGCAAGGAAUUUAUUGUACCUUAUUAAUAUAAGGCAUCCGAAAAUAAAUUCCAGAUUGAAAACAUCCACACCGAGCCUGCUUUUGAACCAAAGCUUUUGGAAGUACUUUUGCAUUGACCUGAAUAGACCGACAAACGUACAACGAGGAUUGAGCCUACACAAAUAUUCAAUGCUUAAGAAUAAAUAUAACUUCAGUUCCAAAAACAAAAGAAGCUAUUCAACUAUGUGCAAAAAAAUUAUUUCUUUUGUGGCUACUAGAUACAAAGUACAUUAA